AUGCGUUUCUCUCUCUUCGCUACUGUGGCCACCCUCGCCGCCGGUGUCAUGGCCGGUGCUGCUGACGAGCAGCCCGAGACCGUCGUCGUCACCGAGUACACCACCUUCUGCCCCAAGUCCAGCACCUCCUUCGUCCACGGCACCGAGACCUACAGCGUGAGCACUCCUGGCCACUACACCAUGACUGGCGGCCCCUACACCAUCACCCGGCCUCUGAUCACCUCCACCGUGACUCGCUGCACCAAGUGCUCCUCCACCCCCGUCGCCACCCCCAGCUCCAGCUCCGUCGUCGUCGUCCCCAGCUCCUCCAAGCCCGUCAUCCCCGUCGUGCCCACCUCUGCUCCCUCUGCGCCCACUGGUGUCGCCGCCACGGGCUCGGCCACGACCCCCGCCGCCCCCGUCUUCACCGGCGGUGCCUCUCGCGCCGCUGCUGGCGCCGGUGCCGGUCUCGCUACCGUCUUCGGUAUCGUGGCCUACCUUCUGUAA